GUUCCCUGCCAGACCAUCAAGCUGCUCGCUAUGCGCGGCAUCCCCCUCACCCAGAUCACCGCGCUUAUGUUCUUCGUUCCGAUGGUCUUGGGCGAGGUCUUGAAUCUUUGCGCGCUGACCUUCUUCCACCAAUCUGGGGUGAGGAAAACAGACUACGAUGGCUGCUGGGCCCUGAGAGCUCAUUCUUGGUGGCUGAAGGCUAUCAAUCCGUCCAGUAUCGCCAUUCAUGAAUUUCUGAGCGCGUUUUUAUUGCUGAACAUUAUGCAUCCUGAUUUUGAGCCACCUCUAGGAAUUUUCCUACUUCUACUUGCCGGGUUUUCUAUUUCCUUUGUGGCAUUGCAUUUUCUUACCAGCAAAGUCGACGAAGAAGAGGUGGCUACUGCUAUUCGUGUGAUAGUCUCGAAAUCGGUCUAUGCAGUUGUUUCUCCUAGUGUGAUCGGCUCUACAGUUGGAGGCGGCCUGUUCUUGCUCUUCAUUAUUUGUUUCAUAGUAAACAUCGCCUUUCUUCUGGGGAUAGUUGCUGUCCCGUUGUUGGCCCUCAGUUAUCUCUCAACUUUGUUCGGUCAUGUAUUAGGUAUUCCCAGAACGGCCCUUGGACAGGUUCUACUGCAUUCCUUUCUUCUCAACAUUGCCAUCGCCGUCCUGGGCUACGCAUAUGUGUUUAAUGGCACUGGUACCGAGAAUCCAAGCUGGGUGGGAGUCUUCGGAUAAAGCUUCGUGGAAUGGAAGGCCAUGGUUACAGUUAUAAACUUUUUAACUAUCUAUCUGAGUAAUGCUUUGGAAUGACGACCCGUUGAACUCCUUCGCCAAGAAUUGCGAGAAGACAAUGGAAGACUGGAUCUCAUUACUGGGCAAGGCCACGUUACCAAAUGAUAUCGCGAGUUCAGACCCCCGUAUCAUUACCGCAUUCAAAGCUGUGGACAGGGUUAUUGUGGACAAGAAGGGACAUAUCUGCUCCGACGGCUGUUACAAUUUCUAGAACGCUGUCAUCAUCUUUUGCUUGUUGACAUUUGGUCUGGCCUUGAUGCACUGUAU